AUGGGACAGUCGGCCGCCAAGUCUGCCUCCACCCCUUUGUCCCUAACCCUCUCUCAUUGGUCGGCAGUGACGGACCACGUGUUGAACCUGGCGGUUCGGGUGAGGAAAGGGAAAUGGCAGACUUUCUGUUCGUCUGAAUGGCUCACCUUCAGAGUCGGGUGGCCGGUAGAUGGUACUUUUGAUCUUAAUAUAAUCAGAGCAGUCAAACAAAAAAUCUUCAUUCCAGGUUCACAUGGGCAUCCGGACCAACAAGCCUAUAUCUGGGUCUGGGAAGAUUUAGUUGUGGACCCGCCUAAGUGGGUCCGGUCAUUUCAGACCCCCCCACCACCUUACAGAUCGCCGCCACCGCCGCCACCAGUGGGGGCAGGAUCCGGACCUGCCCCUGUCUCCCCUUCGUGGGCUGCACAGGGCACCCGCCAGAGAAGGGCACGCCCUCAUGAUGAGGCCCCAGUCACACUGCCCCUACGCCCUUACUGGCCAUUUUCUUCCUCAGAUUUGUAUAACUGGAAGAAUAAUAACCCACCCUUUUCUGAAGACCCCUCCCACCUUACUGGACUCCUAGAGUCCGUCAUGUUUUCCCACCAGCCUACGUGGGAUGAUUGCCAGCAACUUCUGGGGGUCCUUUUCACCACAGAAGAAAGGGAACGCAUCCUCCUGGAAGCUAGGAAGUUGGUCCCUGGACUGGACGGGCGGCCAACUCAGCUCCCCAAUCUCAUUGAUGAGCACUUUCCCCUGCGGCGCCCAACGUGGAAUCCGAACACUCCGGAAGGUAGGGAGCAUCUGUCCCUCUAUCGCCAGACUCUAAUGGCGGGUCUCCGUGCAGUGGCCAGAAGGCCCACUAAUUUGGCUAAGGUAGGCGAGGUUCUUCAAGGGCCUGAAGAGACCCCCUUUGCCUUUCUUGAGAGACUCAUGGAAGCAUAUAGAAGGUAUACACCCUUUGACCCACAGUCAGAGGAAUUGAGGGGAGCAGUGAGCAUGGCCUUUAUAGGGCAGUCUGCCACAGAUAUACGGCGGAAGUUGCAAAGAUUAGAUGGGUUACAAGGGCUGAGCCUGAGGGACCUGGUUAAAGAGACAGAAAAAGUCUAUUAUAAGCGGGAGACGGCGGAAGAAAAAGAGGCUCGGUUAGAAAAACAAAGAGAGGAAAAAGAAAAAGAGCAGUGAAAACGCCAAAAUCGGGAUCUAACACGGAUUCUUGCAGCCUCGGUAAGAGACGGCCGGGGCCGCGGGGGUGAGGAGGAGGAGGUCGGGGAGGCCGUCCUCCUUUGGGAACCAAAUCAAUGCGCCUACUGCAAAGAGGAAGGUCAUUGGAUCAGAGAAUGCCCGAAGAAGCAGAAAGGGCGGGGCCGGCAGGUCCUCGCCCUUGGGGACUGAGGGAGUCAGGGUUUGGACCCCCUCCCCGAACUCUGGGUAACGUUUGAAGUGGAGGGGACCCCAGUGGACUUUGAGGAGGACACGGGGGCAGUCUAUUCAGCCAUCAAGCAUCCACUAGGCCCUCUGUCUACCCGAAAGUCACUGGUCCAAGGAGCAAAUGGAAGCAGAGAGAGACCCUGGACCACCCAGAGAACAGUUAACUUGGGAAAAGGUACUGUGCAACAUUCUUUUCUGGUCUUACCUGACUGUCUGGCACCCCUAUUAGGUAGAGACCUCUUUACAAAACUGGGAGCUCAGAUCUCCUUUACCUCUCGGGGCCCAGAAUUAAAAUUUGCCCACUCGAAAGUAGGGGACCUCCAUCUCCUCACGCUAGAACUCCCAGCUGCUGAGGAAUACCGGUUGUAUGGAGCGGUAGCAAAAGCCUCUGUAGCCACUGUUUCACCAUACAACGAGGAGUGGAUUCAUAGGUUCCCUAACGCGUGGGCAGAGAUAGGGGGCCUCGGACUGGCUAAGGAGCAACCCCCGGUGGUGGUCACCCUCAAACCCACCGUGGUACCCAUGCGAGUAAGACAAUACCCGCUUAGUCGAGAAGCCCGAGAAGGCAUAAAACCCCACAUCAAGAGGUUUCUGGAACUGGGCAUACUGAAACCAUGUCAAUCAGAGUGGAAUACUCCGCUCCUGCCGGUAAGGAAGCCAGGAACAGAUGACUACAGACCAGUCCAGGACCUGAGAGAAGUAAACUCCCGGGUAAUAGACAUUCACCCUACAGUGCCCAACCCUUACAACCUCUUGAGUACCUUACCUCCAGAGCGCAACUGGUAUACUGUACUGGAUUUAAAGGAUGCCUUUUUUUGCCUCCCCCUCCACCCCGAUUCUCAAAAGCUCUUUGCCUUUGAAUGGUCAGACCCUGAAGGAGGGGGGACAGGGCAACUGACAUGGACCAGACUUCCGCAAGGAUUUAAGAACUCUCCAACUAUCUUCGAUGAGGCCCUACACCGAGACCUUCGGGAGUAUCGAGAAAACACCCCUGAGGUCACCCUCCUCCAGUAUGUAGAUGAUCUACUCCUGGCAGCUGAGACUCGGGACGCCUGCAAACAAGGGACUGAGAAACUUCUGGAUACCCUGGCCAGCCUGGGGUAUAGGGCGUCUGCCAAGAAGGCACAGAUCUGCCAAAACAAAGUCAUCUUCCUCGGUUACUCCUUGGAGGGAGGAAGGAGGUGGCUCACCGACGCUCGUAAGUGAACUGUGGCCAGCAUACCUGCUCCAAUGGACCACUGGCAGUUACAUGAAUUCCUGGGCGCAGCUGGGUUCUGCCGGCUUUGGAUUCCAGGGUUUGCUGCCAUCACAGAGCCCUUCUCUCCCUUGUUAAAAGAAAAGACCCCCUUUGUCUGGCAGGAAGAACACCAGGCUGCAUUCGAAAAGUUAAAGAGGGCACUCUUAUCCGCUCCGGCACUUGCUCUCCCGGAUGUGAGGAAGCCAUUCACUUUGUACUUGCAUGAAAAGGGUGGGGUGGCGGUCGGCGUCCUAGUACAAGCCCUCGGUCCGUGGAAAAGACCAACCGCUUACCUAUCCAAGCGGCUAGAUCCUGUGGCCAGGGGAUGGCCAAUCUGUUUAAGUGCGGUGGCCGCGGCAGCCAUGCUGGUGCGGGACGUGGACAAAUUAACUUUGGGACAGCAUCUGACUGUUAUAGCUCCCCAUGCAUUGGAGAGCAUUGUCCGCCAGCCGCCUGACCGAUGGCUUAGCAAUGCUCGGGCCACAUAUUAUCAGACGACUCUUCUGGACUGGGACUGCAUCACCUUUGGGCCCCCAGCUGUCCUAAACCCGGCCACCCUCCUCCCAAUUGCUGAACAAGGAGAGGAGGGGGUGCCGGUUCACGACUGUGGUGCCAUUCUGGCAGAAGAAACCGAGGUCCGGACAGAUUUAACAGACCAACCGCUGGCCAACCCUGACCUGAUAUGGUAUACAGAUGGCAGCAGUUUCCUAAAUGAGGGCCAGCGGAGAGCGGGAGCGGCAGUAGUGGACAAAAAUAAGGUCAUCUGGUCUAGCAGCCUCCCAGAGGGAACCUCAGCUCAAAAAGCCGAAUUGAUUGCGCUCACCCAAGCACUUACCAUGGCAGCCGGUAAACCGGCUACCAUCUACACAGACAGCCGGUAUGCAUUUGCAACCGCACAUGUGCAUGGGGCCAUAUACAGGGAGAGGGGACUGUUAACUUCAGCCGGAAAAAAAAUUAAAAAGAAAAAAAAUGAGGCCCUAUUAGAGGCUGUAAUGUUGCCCCGAGAGCUGGCUAUCGUACACUGCCCUGGGCACCAAAAAGGGGACUCCCCAGUGGCCGCGGGAAACAGAAAGGCCGAUCAAGAGACAAAGGAGGCUGUCCUCCGGGAUCCAAGGAGCCUGACCAUUCACGCCUCAACUCCGGAGGAUUCAGCUCCUGAAGAGGCUCCACCCCCGGAACUUCUGAAAGACACUCUGGAAAGGAUCCACAAAUUAACCCAUCUGGGCAGCAAAAAAUUGAUCCAGCUGACUGCAGAAGAUAAGACUCUCUCCCCAUCUGAGAAGAAACAAAUGGCAGAGAAGGUGGUAGCUGCUUGCCGGGCCUGCCAGCAGGUAAAUGCAUAUCCUGGGAAACUGGCCCCCGGAAAAAGACUACGAGGAACCCGCCCUGGCCAGCAUUGGGAAGUAGACUUCACCGAGGUAAAGCCAGCUAAGUGUGGCCUAAAGUACCUGCUAAUGUUUGUAGAUACCUUUACAGGAUGGGUAGAAGCCUACCCCACCAAAAAAGAGACUGCAGCAAUAGUCGCUAAGAAAAUCCUGGAAGAAAUCUUCCCAAGAUUUGGACUGCCUCAGGUAAUUGGGUCAGAUAAUGGCCCAGCGUUCGUGGCCCAGGUAAGGCAGGGACUGACAAAAAUACUGGGGAUGGACUGGAAGCUGCAUUGUGCAUACAGACCCCAAAGUUCUGGACAGGUAGAAAGAACCAACAGAACCAUUAAGGAGACCUUAACCAAAUUGACCAUGGAGACUGGCUCUAGAGAUUGGACAAUGCUCCUACCGUAUGCCCUCUUUAGAGCUAGAAAUACCCCUGCCUUCAUGGGUCUUACCCCCUUUGAACUGCUCUUUGGGUGUGCACCCCCAGUUAAGAACCUAACCAUCCAGCAAGGAGAAAUCAUGCCUUCCCCUCUGUCUGACAGGCUGCAAGCCUUAGCAUCUGUCCAGCAUACACUGUGGAAGCAGCUGUCCGCGGCGUACCAACCCGGUGGGGACAGCACUGCCCAUCAGUUCCACGUGGGGGACUUCGUAUACGUCCACAGACACCAGCAGCAGACUUUGGAACCCCGGUGGAAGGGACCAUACCAAGUCCUGCUGACCACCCCGACGGCAGUCAAGGUGGACGGGAUUGCUGCCUGGAUUCAUGGCUCCCAUCUCAAACCUGCCCCUGUCCCUGACCUGGAGGCUGAUCUGGACUGGACUGUGGAGCGGACUGAGCAUCCCCUCAAGCUCUGCAUUAGG